AUGCAGUGGCGAGGUCUGGCAGUCACAAAUGCAUGGGGAAUCUUCUCCGACGAGUUCCGGCAAGCACUCGAGGACCACUUGCGAGAGCAAGACGAGCGCCUGCAGCUCUUCUUUGAUCAGCUGGCUCAUGACCAGGUGAUGUGUCGAGGCUUCGAUCGAGAGGCACUUGAUAACCCGGUCCCGAAAGAGAAGGACCAGGAAGCGGAGGACAAGGCGAAGUACGAGGGGACUUGGGUGCUCAACCGCGACUUCGAAGUGAAGGAGCCGAUUGGACCCGGGCCCGAACCGGAAAACUCGACGAAGGAGGCAGAAAGCAAUGCCGUUGUCGAGCAUCUCAGCCUGAACAUCGAGGGAUCGAUGAGCAACCACACCGCCAACAGGUCCUUGUCGAAGGACAUUGGAGCCGCGGUGGCGCAGCAGGAACAGAAGCUGCAACAGCGCCAUUCUCAAAGCGGCGGCGCUUUUCAGGCAUUUCUGAACCCCUGGACAGCUCGCAAUGCUCGCUUGCGACACAAACGGUUCCUCCGAGCAAACGAGGAAGCCGCGCCACAGCCCAUAAUGUCUUCUUGGGUCGCUUGCCGCGUGAAGAAACUCAGCUCUCAACUGGUGAGCUCGCUGUCGUGGGCCGCAAACCUCGAGGAGCCGGAACGGACCUCCCGCCUGGCCGCGUUCAUCCAGGAUCCGAUCUUCGUCUCUGCUGUGGUCUGCGCUAUUGUGGCGAAUACCGCAUACACCACAUAUUCAGCCAAUUAUGAGAUGGAGACAUUGGGCCAGGAGCAUGAGUAUCACCAAACCGUGGAGGCAGUGUUUCUCGCUGUGUUUGUCUUGGAGUUGGUCUUGAAGCUCUUCGUUCAUCGCCUGUACUUCUUCGUCAACGAGGAUUGGCAUUGGAACUGCUUCGACUUCUUGAUUUGUGCAACAUCCGCUUGUGAUGUUCUUGGCCUUGCGCUGCCGGUGGGUGGCGUUUCGUUUGCCAGGUCUCUACGAGUCCUCAGAGUCGCGAAGAUUUUGCGUGUCAUCCGAAUGCUCAGAUUCUUGCGUGAGGUCAGAAUUAUGCUGAUUUGCAUGAUGGGCUCCAUUGUGUCCUUGUUCUGGGCCUUCGUCAUGCUGAUUUUCAUCAGUUUCUUGUUUGCCCUUUUCUUCAUGCAGGAGAUGGCUCCUUACUUGGCCGCCAAUGAGGCGGUUGAUGCGCCGGACAAAUGCCCUGGUGGCCCUGAAGACGCUUCCGAGCUGUGGGCUUGCCAGCGUUACUACUUCCGAACAAUCUUCUCCUCCAUGCAUGUCUUGGGGAUGGCUUCCACAGGGGGCAAAGACUGGGAGGAGGUUUGGAAACUGAUCAGUCCAGUCGGCUGGGAUACAGCCGCAGCCUUCCUUUUCUACAUGGUGUUUUUCAUGUUUGCUGUGAUGAACAUAAUCACAGGUGUUUUUGUUGAGCAUGCAUCUAUCUUGUCAAAGCCCGAUGACGAGGAGGCCAUGCUUGAGCACAUGAGACAGCUUCGUAGCGAUGUCGAAUACCUGACGGCAAUUAUGGAGCUGAUUGACAAGGACAAGUCUGGCUUCAUCUCUGUGCGCGAGUUCCUCACGGCGAUGCAAAACGAAAGGAUCGAAUACUCCCUUCGGUCAAUCGGCGUGGACAUGCGCAUGCCAGAGAGGUAUUUCGCCACACUGGCUUCACUCAGUGACAAGAAAGAGCUUAGCAUCAAGGAGCUCGUGUACAAGAUUGUGGACAUGAAAGGUUCUGCAUCCCGAGCCGACGUCGAGCUUCUGAGCUUGGAGACCAGGAUCCUGAAGCGAGAAGUGACGGGUAUGUUCGCAGGCCUCAAGAAGCUUCUCCGUCAGGCGCAGGCGUCUCCUGCCUCACGCGGAGGGCUUUCACCGAGAUCGCCCGUAUCACGGCAAAGACGGAUCUCGACCUCGUCAAUUGCAUCCCCAAGAUCUGACGCUACGUGGAAUGAGGGCAGAGGCAGAGAGCCCUGA